AUGGCUGAGUGCUUAGGCGCCCUGGACGAGUUGGAAGAGACCCAGCUCUACCCACGAGAAUCCAGGGAAAACAAGUUGUUGAGGUGGGAGGGCAUCUCCGAGACAGCCAAGCACUUUGUCCGCAGCCUGCUGCGGAAGGAUCCCUACGAGCGCCUCUCUGCAGCGGAAGCCGCGCAACAUGCCUGGCUCAAGAUGGACCAGGCAGCAAAGGCCUCCUGGCCACAGGGCACGCCCGACGCGGAGCUUGAGUUGCCAAUCAACCGAUGCGUGGUUCGCGACAUGUGGAAGUUCGCGCAGAACAACGCCAUCACCCGCGCAGCGCUGGGCAUCUUCGGCAAGCUGCAGAGCUCGUCGGCCUUUGGAGGCCGCGAGGAGGACGUCACGCUCCUGGAGCAGCGGUUCCGCAGCUUCGAUGAGCACAGCAGCGGCAAGAUCUCGGCCGAGACCUUCAUCAAGGUCUUGAAGGAGUCGCUGCAGGUGCAGAUCUCCAGCAGCGAGGAGAAAGAAUUCUUCGACCGCAUUGCUGACGUGAGCCUCCCGGCAGAUGAGGAGACUGCCGCCGAGGACGUCUCCAAGCAUUGCGACCGAUGGAUUCGGGAGGUCAACUACAAGGAGUUCAUCAUGAUUACGAAGGCACAGCGCCGGAACAUCACCACCGCGGCCAUCCGCGAGGUGUUCCGCGCCUUCGACGAGAACGGCGACGGGUACAUCAAAGAAGAUGAUGCCCACAGCCUGCUAGGGCAGGAGUUCAAGGACACCAUUAGCAGCUACGUCACCAAGCUGGGCAAGGAUGUGAUCGACUACCGCGACUUUUCCAAGCUCGUUUCCAUGGAGAUUGCAAAAGCGGAGGACCAUCCUCACAGCGAGGAGGCGAAGGCAGAUGUUCCUGGCGCACCGGCCCUCAGUGGGCGUAUUGGUUGCCUCAUCACAUCUUGCGCCUGGAAGCUGCGAUUCUGCAAGUUGACGGUCAUUCUUCGCCAGUCGCAUGCCUUCGACGCGCAGGAAAGGCUUAUAGGAUUGGAGACUUGCGCAAUAUGA